ACUGGUUAACUUUUAAUAAAUAACGUUUAUUGGACCCCUUUAAAUUUCGUAAUUAUUAGAUUUGGUCUACAACAGAAUUUUGUGUUAAUAAUUCAUAAAUGUUGAUUUUGAAAAUGCGACCACCAGUUUUAGUUGGAUUGAAAAAUGAAGUAAUUGUCUGAGCAAGAUAGCAGAAUUUAGUUUUGCAUAUUUAUUUUCUAUGAUACAUUUUACAACACAUAUCCCUGAUUAUAUUUCCUUGUUCUACCAUGCUUUGUUCUGAUCCAUUUGUAUUUACCAAUUCAUCCUUUAUUCUUGGAAAAAAAAUCUUAAAAAGAAAAAAAAACUAAUGUACCAAAUAUUCAGAUAUAUUGAAAAUAUUGUGAAAACGUGAUACAUAAAAAAAUAGGAUCCAAGAACAAAAAUGAAAAGUUAUAUUUUGAAAGUUUGUAACCGGAAGUGAAGCGUAGACUUCUGGCUCUGACAGGAACUGAGCAGGUUUCGAUGAUCGGCACAAACUGUGUUCUACUUGAUUGUUCACAACAACGGAGGAAGACGGAGCAGCUCUGCCCGAAUAAAGUCCGGUCGAUGCGAUCCGAGGUCCCGUUUUCAGGACAAAGCAGCGGAAACGACCCGAAGCGCGUUCUCAAGCGAGGGACUUCAUCUUCCCCCAACGAGUAGCUGAUAUUUACCGACCUAGCUUUGUCCUUCGCAGUCACAGCUGUAUUGGAUCGCCGUCACAUUAAUACUAAACGUAGUGGAGUAUGGCUCAGCAUGGACAAAAUGUAGCCAGUUCUCAAAAAGCACUCAUGCUGGAGAUGAAAAGUCUCCAAGAGGAGCCCGUAGAAGGAUUCAAGAUAACUUUGGUGGACGAGUCGGACUUGUACAACUGGGAAGUGGCGAUAUUUGGACCCCCAAACACGCACUACGAGGGCGGUUAUUUUAAGGCUCGGAUCAAGUUUCCUGUCGACUAUCCGUAUUCCCCUCCUGCUUUCCGCUUCCUCACCAAAAUGUGGCAUCCCAACAUCUACGAGAACGGGGACGUGUGCAUCUCUAUCCUGCAUCCGCCGGUGGACGACCCGCAGAGCGGAGAACUCCCCUCAGAGAGGUGGAACCCCACGCAGAACGUCAGGACCAUCCUGCUGAGCGUCAUCUCCCUGCUGAACGAACCCAACACCUUUUCUCCGGCCAACGUGGACGCGUCCGUCAUGUACCGCAAGUGGAGGGACAGCAAGGGCAAGGACAGAGAGUACAUCGAGAUUAUCAGGAAGCAGGUUCAGGCCACCAAAGCCGACGCGGACCGGGACGGCGUCAAAGUGCCCGUCACCCUGGACGAGUACUGCGUCCGCACCCGGGUCACCACCACGGACGACGGAUCCAACCUUUUAUACGACGACUACUACGACGACGAGGAGCUGGAGGACGACGACGACGAGGACGAGAACGAGGACUUCUGCUAUGACGAGGACGACUCUGGCACCGAGGACUCCUGACCGGCCCCCCCUCCGAUCCCUGACCAGUUUUUGUUACCAAGCCUCCCUCUUCUGUCUCGGACUGAACUCUUAACUCCUCCCCCUUCUUCUUGAGUCCUCGCUGAGCACGCCCCCUCCAGUCUGAGGCACUGAAAGGAGGAAGAGGGCUUUAGUUUCCACGGUUUGUUUUGUCUUUGUAGAGGUCCCAAACAGAAGUUUGAGCUCUCCUUUUGUU